AUGCAGAUCGACGAUGCCGGAUUCCAGAACCACAUGGCCCUAACUUUGUUAGAGGGUCUGUUUGGGAUGGAGGGUCAGCAGAUGCCGAAGGUUAACGAGCAACAGAACAUCGUCGACAUGGGCAUGUCAAAGUUAGCCAACGUUAAAAUGGACACUGCCUCCGCCGAUGUUGUAUCCAGCACCGGCACAUCCGUCCUAGGGUGGCCAACCUGCAAGGACACUCUGGCUUGCAACUUCAACAUUCUGCAGAGUGUCUCCCUGUCUGACAGGCUCAUCUAUCUCGUCACUAUCCAGGUCAAGCUUCUCAGCGGACCAAACAAGAGCCAGACGCAGUUCAAGGCCAUCGAAGGACUGAUGCAAUACUUCAUCGACAAGAACCUUCCCAAUCCCAAUAUCGCUCCUUCAUACGGCUUGGCUGGUGUGCUUGAGGGAAUCCAGCGUGGUACGGCCAUUGCACUGGGAAAGUCAAAUGACACCUUCGGUAAUCCUAGCUCGAUCCUGUGGGCCAACUUUCUCAGGAAAGCCUUCCAAGUGGGCCUCAACUAUGGUAUUCAGACUGGUGACCGGCUCACUGGUACAACAGUUGGCGUCAAUGAUUACGUCGAAAUAUCUGAGCGCGCCGCUGUCUUCACCAUUCUCACUGCUUGGACCAUUCUCGCUCAGAACGAAGGCGUCAUUGGCCGUGUCUUCAGCCUCGUGUUUGAAACUGACCAGGCCAAUACCUCCAAAAGCGCUCCCGGCGUCUUCCUGCCCUUAUAUCCCUACGGCUUCACAGCCAAAAAGUUCCACUGUAUCUUCAACGUUUCUGAUCCCAAGCCCCUCUACUGUCUGGUGGAUGUCGCCUUCCACGACCGUGCCAUUGCAGCCCUCAGAAUUGAGACGACCACGUUCCUCAACGACAUCAACAACUUGGUCACCAUCAUACCAGCUUUCAUGAGGUGCUAUGCGGUUGGGGCGAAUAUCUAA